ACACAAUUACUGACCGUCCGAUUGCCCACAUCACUCCUCUUUUCCUACCAUCGCUGCACGACGUGCCACCACACCACACCACCCACAAUCAAUCAAAUCUCAUCUUCCACCUCCUCUCUCUCUCUCUCUCUCUCUCUCUCUCUCAUCAAGUCCUUCCCACUUCGCACGGGAUCUUCAGUCUUCUCCUCAUAUCCAUCCAAGUCGCCAUGGCCGAAUCGCCGUCGCAUCACCAAACCCCAUCACCACCGACGGAACCCCAGUCGGCACCCGCACCCGAUCCGGUCCAACAGUACUGGUGCUACCACUGCGACAAGCGCGUCUCCGUCGAAACCCUAGCCGACCUACCCGACGUCGUAUGUUACGAGUGCAAGAACGGAUUCGUCGAGGCAAUCGCCCACUCCGCCGCCGCCUCCACCGCCCGUCCCCUCCCAUCCGAUCUGGUCGACGAUCCUUCCUUCAGCAGCCAGUUCCUCCAGGUCCUCCGCCUCAUCGCCCAGGCCGCGCGUGACGAAGACGCCCCGCCCCCUCCUCCGUCCGAACACGCGGAUCCGUCCGACGACGAUUAUUUACGGAUCGAACUUGACGGCUGGGACAACAACAACGAUGAAGACGACGACGACGACGAGGAUAACGGCGUCAUGGUGAGAAACGAAACGGACGACGAAGAAGAAGAAGGAGAAGAGAACGAUCGUCGAGACGAGCGCGACGAGAACGAGGAAGACACGCGCAGGCAGAGGCGGGACGUGCUGCGCCUCCGCCUGCGCGACUUGGCCGCGCGUGCGGCGAAUCGCCGUAACAGGAUUCUUGACUGGGCCGAGAUUCUGAUGGGCCUGGAGGACCACUCGAUCGAGCUGAGGUUACACGCGCCGGAGAUGGACGACUACGUGGGGAAUCCGGAGGAUUACUUGGACGCGGCGGGGUACGAGGCGCUGUUGCAGAAUUUAGCGGAGAGCGACGGGAACGGGAGGAGAGGGGCCCCGCCGGCGUCGAAAUCUGCGGUGUUAGGGUUGAAGAAACUGGAAAUCGUAUCGGAAGAUGAUUGUGUGGCUUGUGCGAUAUGUAAGGAUUCGGUAAAUGUUGGGGAAAAGGCCAAGGAAAUGCCGUGUGGGCAUGGGUACCAUGAGGAGUGCAUCGUGCCGUGGCUGGGGUCGAGGAAUUCGUGCCCGGUGUGUAGGUUUGAGCUGGAGACGGACGACGCGGAGUACGAGCAGGAGAGGAAGAAGAGAGGGAUGGGGAGAGCUGCGGGGAUCGGUCCUUCGACUUCUAGUCAUGGUUAAUUUUUGUGGCUUGGGAUAUUCUCUUGCUUGUACGCGUUUUUAGUGUCGGAAUUGAAAUAAUGCUUUUCUUACUGCUUUAGUCUCUCCUUCUCCCACUUCCUGAAGAAAAAAAGGAAUCUUGCUUUUGUGGACUAGAAUUUGGAAUGUUCUCUUUUGUUUUUCUUUUCGUUUUGCAUAUGUGGGGUGUAAAUAACAAUUCACUGAAUUUGACGUUGCUCGCUUUAGCAAGUUUAGAAUGUUU